AUGUUCAUCGUUGCCCCUCUCUCAAAUUGCGCUUCUGAAGCAAAGCGGGACCGAUUCCUUGAAUAUAUCUCUAAAAUCGCCCCAGUCACCCAUAGCAAUGAGCCCAAGUGCCACGCAUAUGCCUGGUUUCGGAGUGCCGAAGACAACGACACUGUCCCUCACCAUUGGCUGAGGGGGCUAGAAGUAUACGAAAAUGUUGAGGCAAAUACUGUAACUCACCGUGCGAGCGCUGAAUACAAAGCCUUCCGUGCCGCCGUUGGCGAGGAGGCGCUGCUCGAUCGUCCCAGCGACCUGCGCUUCUGGCGGCCGUCCUCUGUGGGCUUUCUCACGCAUGAUCACAAGCUUGUUAGCUUCAUGACUUCCACUGGGACCAACCAGUACAUUGUUGUGGAUGAGUUGACACCACUGGCUGGAAAAAAGGGUCAAGUUCUGGAGCAGCUGCGCCGGCUUGCCCAAGACGCGAAGCAAAUCGACCAAGUACUUAGUUUCUGGGUGUUGCACCGUGGAGAUGGAGAGCAGGACGAGAGUUUGCUGGUCUUUGCUCGAUAUGAAGGUAAAGCUGAGUGGGCCAAUUUUGAGAAUCAAAGCAAGAAGACAUGGAAAGAAGUCUACGAGUUGAGCGGGGAGCAGAGGAGAACGACUUGGAUAGAAUCAGGACUAGGAUUUUUGGGAAGAUAG